AUAACUCAUAAGUGAAGUCAAAUCCAAUCUUGUUCACGUUACACGUUUUCCAUCUCUCUUCCUUUUUCUUUUCUUUUUGUUUCGUUUGUAUCAAUUUUGCAAUGCCCAUAAUCCAAAGUUAACCAACAUUUGAUUCCAAUCCUUCUGUUUCCUUGUUCCAACAUCUUCCUUUGUAUCUUGUUUUGCAAGCAAAACAAGAAUUGCCAUAUUUGUACAUGUUUUAGAAAACUUUAUCAGCAAAUAUACUUGACACUUGACAGUACAUAUCCAUAGCAAGUUGAAUUUGAAUGGGGAAAGGAGGAGGUUGUUUUCCAAGCAAGACGAAGGCACCGAUUAAGGAUCCAAUUAGUGUUGAAAGCUUAGCCCCAAGAAAUGAUCCAAGUAGCACAAGCCAAGAGGGUCCAGCAGCAGCACCUGAAGCAGUGAAAAAGCUGAAAAUUUUCAUUGUGUUCUAUUCGACUUAUGGCCAUGUGGAGUCAUUGGCAAGGUCCUUGAAGAAAGGGGUAGAUUCAGUUGAAGGUGUUGAAGGGGUGUUGUACCGUGUUGUUGAGACACUGCCUAAGGAGGUGUUGCAACAAAUGAAGGCACCUGAGAAGGAUGAUAAGGUGCCUCUCAUAUCUGCAGACAAGUUGGUGGAGGCUGAUGGCUUGCUCUUUGGAUUUCCGACAAGGUAUGGCAGCAUGGCAGCGCAGAUGAAGGCGUUUUUCGAUUCCACUGGCCACCUGUGGAAAGAACAGAAGCUGGCAGGGGUGCCUGCUGGCUUCUUUGUCAGCACUGGCACUCAGGGUGGAGGUCAAGAAACCACAGCUUGGACAGCAAUCACACAGUUAGUCCACCAUGGAAUGCUCUAUGUUCCUAUUGGUUAUAGCUUCGGUGCUGGAAUGUUCGAAAUGGACACCCUCAGAGGUGGAUCUCCAUAUGGUGCUGGAGUUUUUGCUGGCGAUGGAUCAAGGCAAGCAAGUCAAACAGAACUGGCCCUUGCUCAGUAUCAAGGAAGUUACAUGGCCACAAUUGUCAACAAGUUAGGCCACAAAAGCUAGUUUCUCAGUGGUCAAAACCUUAUUAAAUAAAAUAAACUUUAUUAUAAGUUAACUAUGCUUAAGAUAAAAGUAAAUUCUUGUGAAGUUAAUAUGAGAAAGCUUUUAUAAAUUAAUUUAUGCAUAAGUUAAUAAAUUAACUUAUGUAUUUUUUUUUUCUCUGGAAAGUGUUUACGAAGAAACGGUCCUUAGUUUUCUAAUGUUGUGUUUAUUAUUUCUACAAGAUUAAUUAUAGCUUGAUCAUGAAGCUUGUCCUCUCUUUAAAAAUAUGUACACAUUGUAAACUUCAUGAUCGUGACUCUGUGCUGUGCUGUUUAAUACAUUAUUUAUGACUGAGGUAUACAUCGAGGGGAUUCACAAACUAUCUGUCUCCCCAGAUUAA